AUGUACUCGCCGACUGGUUAUUACGGCCAACCAGGCCAACAGCCUGGUAGCUACGGCUACUCUGCACCUCUGGGCGGUUCUUACGGCGCGCCGAACGGAGCAAGCAGCGCCCAUCACAGCGGCAGCAGCACGCCCACAGGCGGCAUCGGAGGCCAGCCUGGCGCUCAAACGCAACACCACUUUCAACAAGGUUUCGGCGCCCCAGGUGCCCCGGGCAUGUUUUCCGCCCCCUACGGUGGACCUCCGCUCGCGGGCCAUCACGGAGCAGGCUCGCCUGGCGCAAGCAGUCCUUACUUUCCAGGCGCUAUCCCCAACGGCAAUCCCAAUCCUCAUGUGAGUCCGCGAUCGUGGCGUACCCCGUGUCAAGGCCGUAGUCAGCAUCUGUUUGUGGGAGCGAGCACCGGCGCGUCGCCGAACGAAGCGAGCACCAGCGCGUCGCCGAAUAGAGGCGCAGCCGCGCCUUGCCGAGAGCGAGCCACUUCUGCAUAUCCAUCUCGGUCCUUGCGCCUUGGUCAUCUUUGCGUGAUCUGUCAAUCUCGAGCAAAUGAUUGAUCAUGUGCGCGCGCCAGAGCGCUCCUGCUCAGGUAACGCGCUGGCGCGCGCGUGGGUACGCGUGACGCGCGCGCGCUUGCGCGUUAUUUUCCGCUUCAGCGUGUCUCGGGUGUUAGGUGACCGUCCACGCUUACCGGCAGGGGCCGAGCAUUCGCCGUCACAUUUGGCGCAUCGACGAUCGAGGACUGGCUUCCAAAGAGGGUCCCAAAGCCGUUCCUCGAGCUGAUGCGAGUCGAUGGGCUGAGACAAGGGUGCGCUUGGCCCUCACCGGACUACAGCUUCCGCGUCGCUGGAUACUCAGCAACAGCAAUUGGCUGAGUAUGCGCAGGUGUGCACUGCCAAUCAGCCAAAAGGUUGGAAUCGGCUUGCAAUCUGAAUCAGAUUGGCAUCUCGUCGCAGGUGGUCGUCGGAAACGCGAUCCCAAAUCGGUCUCAGAGUCGCGCUCGGCCGAACUAGCUUCAACAUGUUGCGCAUGCGAACAUUAAGGGUGGGGGAAUAGCGAAGCUCUCGAGGCAGGGUCUGGGCUGCGGCGAUUUGGCCGGGCAUCGUACGAUCCGUGCUAAGCUGCAAGAUUGGCGGCGCUGCACGAAGCUCGUCUUGAAUGCAGGCAAGCACGCCUGCAGUGCACAUAAAAAAGGCGCAUCGCAAAGCUCAGUCUUGUCUAUGAGCAUUUGCAAUCCGCUCAAAAGGCGUUCCUGGCAGUGCGCUGGACAUUCUGCUGACGCACGCCGAUCCACGCUUCUGCCUUUUCCUUGUCCCCUCUGCUGCCCUCUGCACACUGCGAUGACGACGCUCUGCGCGCUUGCGUCCAUGCCUGGCUUUGAUCUUGCCGCUGCUGCUGCACUUUCUUGCAAUGACGCGGCAAACAUGUCUGCCUCGCCUGACUUGCACUCCCACGACCUGGUCGAUUUGACGUCGCUCUGGGGCUACUGCGACUCGCUCGCACCGCCGCCCGACGCGUCUACUCCCACCACCCGAUCCACAUCGAUCGAUGCCCAAUCAACUGCUACUUCUUCCGCCUCGGGCGCUUCGAUUCGCCAACGCGUCACCGCCGCCGUCAAAUUGCCUCCUGCUCGACGCUGGAACCCUGCUCGCUCCAAACAGCUGGCUUCCGCAUCCUACACGUCCGCUCCUCAAUACAGCACCCAGCUGCCCAUGGCCGGUCGUCACCGCGUCACUACCACGCUCUGGGAAGAUGAGGGCACGCUUUGCUUUCAAGUAGAUGCACGAGGCGUCUGCGUCGCUCGCAGACACGGUGAGUAAAGAUGAGCCGCCCCUGUAGACAGGAUUGCUGACGAGAUUGUUGCUACCGACGCAACUCUGCAGACAACAACAUGAUCAAUGGCACCAAGCUACUCAACGUCUGCGGCAUGUCUCGUGGCAAGCGCGAUGGUAUCCUCAAGAACGAAAAGGAGCGCGUCGUCGUCAAAGUCGGGGCGAUGCACCUGAAGGGCGUAUGGUGAGUUGGGCUCGUCGCAGCUUGUGCGUCGCUCGUCGCAAUGCUCAAGCAUCCCGCGUCGUCGGCGGCACACGGCAGGAUUACCUUUACUCGUGGCAAGCAACUUGCGGAACAGAAUGGAAUUUCGGAAGUGCUGUACCCUCUCUUCGAAACGAACAUCCAAUCAUUCUUGUACCACCCGGACAACUACCCUCGCACGGCUGCGGUCAUGGCAGCGGCUCAAGAGCGACACGCGUCGCGCUCCCGUGUUCCGGGUAGCCCCGGCCACGCAAACGGAGCCGGACCUGGCUCGCAUCGUCCGAGUGGUGGCGCUCGUGAAGAGGAUGGAAGUGCGCCGCUAGGUCUGCCAGGAUCCAACCAGUCGUGGGGUCACCCUCCAGCCUCGACCACUCAGCACCAUUCCGGUAGCGCUGGCGGCUACAAUUCCAACACCGCUUCCCCUCACCUUUCCUCGAGCCACCAAGCCGGUGCUGUAACCGGUGGCGCUCAGAGCUACGGAGCUCGCGCAGCUUCUGGAGACCGCCGUCACAGCAACGUAGGCCAGCAGGAUGGUCACGCUGGAGGACAUGCCAGUGUGCCGUACGGCCUUGCUCAGCCCUCGCCAAACGCUGUCCCUGGCGGUGCUCGCCGCUCUGCAAGCGGCUUGAAGCGCAGCUACGAUGAACACGGCGACUCGAGUGACAGCAUCGCCCCACCAGCUCCAGCUCCUGGCAUGGCGUACGGAGGAUUGUCUUCGAAUGGAUCGAACGGAAGUCUUGCUGGCAACGGGUACGGGCACGGGGGAGAGAGCCCACGCAUGUACAAGCGUGGCCGAGACAACACCAACGGCGAUGUCUCUGGUGGCGACUAUUCCGGGGCCGAAGCCGACGUUUCGCGCUCUCGGCCCCAAGGUGAGGUGCGCACAUGGAGUUGGCCCGAAGCGAAACGGAAAAGGUCGCGAUGCUGACGCGCUUGGCUCCCCCCCUUUCAGUGA